AGGCACAAAAGACCCUGAGAGGUGUGGUGUGUGUGUUGCUGGACGACGCGUCAGUGUGCGAGGGACAGUGUGUGCACUGUCUUGGUUGAGAUAGUACAUUGUGUGUGUAUGUGUUUUUGCAUCUGUGUGACCCAGUCUCAAACCUCUCCGUGCAGCUGCCAACCUCAGGUAUGAAGACCCGUUUACUGUUCCUUUGCCUAUUGGCCUCAGCAUUUGCUGUGUCUAUCAAAGGCAAACCUCACGGCAAACAUCAAGCUUUAUCCAAGUCCUCACACACAGCUAAAGAGAAGGACAUUGUUCCAGAUGAGGCCAAUGAGGGGGCGGUCCUGCCGACUUUCAUGACCUUCGUGUCUAGCAGUCAGGAGCAGGAGGAUGAGGACAUGAGCUACGAGGACAAUCCUAACGCUAAUGUGGGUCCCAAUGCUAACGCUAAUGUGGGUCCCUCCAAUGAGGAAGGGGUGUUAGAGGUGUCCGACAGUGGUGAGAGGAGCACCCCUGUCCUGCUGAGCGAUAAGGCACUGGUGGACCUCCUCCAGGGGGAGUCAGAGGAAGAAGAGGUGGAAAAGGAGGAGGAAGAAGAAGAGGAGGAGGGAAAGAUCGAGUCUGAGGAGACACAAUCUGAAGAGGAAGAGGAAGAGGAGGAGGGAGAAGAAAGGGAGUCAGUUGAGGAUGAAGAGGAGGGAGAGAAAGAGGAAGAGGAGGAACCUGUGGUCGGGGACAGUGGAGUGGAGGAAGAGGCUGAAGUCAAAGAGUUGGACAGCAACACUGAGUCGGAGAUUCCAGUGGAUCUGGACUACGCUGGCGACAGUGACAACAUACAGCCCCUGGAGACCGAGCUGGAGGAAGGGAAGCCCCUCGCCGAAGACGCCCAGCUCCUCUCAAAUAAGGAAGAGGAGGCAAAGGUGGAGGAGAAAGAAAAACAAGCUAGCAAGGAAGACGAAAACCCCACUGCCACUGAUGACUAUGAGUCUCAGCAGGACAUACAAGACGCCGAGGCCUCUGAGAGCCAGGAAGUGCUCGGCCAGGACAAACUCCCUGAGGGAAGCAAGGACCAGGAGAAAGGUUCCAAUGACGAUUCCCAAGAAAAGGUGACCAAUAAAGACGCAGUCACAGACGCUGACCUCCAGGAGACAAAGAACAGCAAAGCCAGGAAGCAGAGGAAGAACCAGAGGGUGAGGAAGCACCCCCACAGAGGGGCCGAGGCACCGCCAGGAGAGGGAGUCCCAGACCACCAGGGGGAUGAGGGGGAGAAGGAGCACUACCGCACCACCGACAAUACUGUCUACAAGCCCAAGAGAAGAAGAGCAGGGAAAUGGGCUCCUCUGGUGGGAAUGAACCCAGUCCAGAUCAGGGCGACAGUGGAUCUCUACCCCAGCGCCAGGCCCUAUCUGGCGGCCAGCCUAUACAGACCCCAAGCCUCUGCUGCUGACCCUUGUGAGAACUUCCGUAGAAAGACCUGUAAACUCAACGCAGGAGGAGAAGCCUAG